CUAAACUACUACAAAAAUGGUGAAAUUACUCUUUUCUCAAAAAAAAAAAAAUGGUAUCUUUACGAAUGGAAUAUGUUAAUGGAAAAAAAACUGAAAUAAAAAAGUCAAAAAAUUGAAGGAAUUUUUUUUAUUUUUUUUUUCUUUUCGAUUGGACGGCGUUUGAAACCGAAGGAAGCGCUCUAUAUAUAUCCAAAACCCAAACAGAGGAGCAUAUAAAACAAAAAAGAGGUCGAAAACUGUUUUGGAGAACCUCAACUUGAGAAGGUAAAGAAAGAAAAAAAAGAACAUAUUUUAAGAGAGAGAGAGGGGCUUAGAUAGAUUCAAGAGAGAGAAAGAAGAGAAGGGUGUCGGAGAUCUUGUCAGAUCGGAACCGGAGCUGCAAGCAAAGCCUCUCACAUUCUAGCUGUUGGUGUUGAAUUUGCAAUUGUCAUGGGCAGGGAACUUUCAGGUUUGGAUAUGGAGAAGAAGCCAAAUGGUAUUUCUCAUGAUAGAGUUCAUGCUGCUCCGACAACAUCGGACGACAGCUCUGAAGCGAAGGACUACGAAGUAAAGGAAUGUACUGAAGAGAAUUCGGUUAUUGAGAAACAUCAAGAGGAGCAAGCUGUUCUAGGAGUUAAAAGCAUAAAUCUUGAUGAGGGCCUGUCCGAGGCCAAAAACGAGAAAUCUGCAGCUCAGAAGUCUAGCUCUCCUCCUUCAAAAUCACCCGUUGGCAAUGGACGUACGAAGUGCACUGUUCCUCAUCCUUUUGCUCUGGCAACUGGAAAGCGUGGUUCUUCCGCAAAAACUGUUGGAACUGAAACUGCAGCAGCAUAUGGUAACAGUGUGCUAUCUCCUAACUCAACAAGGAAUAUACAGCCAAGUUCUCCUUUAACAUCAAGGAAGUUAUGGCAAUCUGAAAACAGGAAGCAUGCUGAUGAAGAAGACAAUUGGUCUGUUGCUUCCUCUACUGCUGCAUCUGUUCGAACACUCAAAUCCAGGGUUACUGUUGGACAAGCUCCAACUUUUCGAUGCUCUCAACGUGCAGAGAAGCGAAAGGAGUUUUACACAAAAUUGGAAGAAAAACACCAAGCUAUGGAAGCAGAGAGAAGCCAGUUUGAAGCAAGGACCAGGGAAGAGCAAGAAGAAGCACUCAGACAGCUUAGGAGGAACUUGGUGAUCAAAGCAAAUCCAGUACCUAACUUUUACUAUGAGGGCCCUCCGCCCAAGGCAGAGCUCAAGAAGCUGCCAUUGACCCGGCCUAAGUCGCCCAAGCUGAACAAAACUAACCGGAGAAAGAGCUGUGGUGAUGCAAUCGUUGCUUCACACGAGGAAAAGGAAAGGUCUGCUCGGAUGCAACGUCACAGCAUCGGAAGUAACAAAGAAGGCACCGCCUCCUCCAUUACUCCCAAAAGUAAGGCUGCGAUCAGUAGACGGAGCAGUAGUGACUCCAACGGUACCUGGAAAGUCAAAGACCGAUACAAACAGGAAAAUGAUGAUACGAAGACAGCUCCUUCUAAGAUUGCCGACCAGGCGAAUGUAGACAUCGCGGUUCAUUCAUGAACUUGUAGGUUUUUAUCUUCUAAUUCAUGCGAGGAAGAAUAUAAGAAAAAGGAAAAACAAAAGAAAAGAAAAAAGGUCUUGAAUUUGCCUAGUUAUCUUAUUAUGGAUUCUGAAUGAAAAUAGCUUUAUUUUCACGUUAAAUGACUAUUUCAUGUGAUUUUGUGUUGUGAAUUGUAUAUGUUUUGUAAUCGACAUUGGCACUAGUACAUAUGUUGUCAUAUAUAAGAAGAGUCGUCCAUUUUAGUAUGGACCAAAAAUGUAAUCUUUCAUCUAAUCUUCAUGUUAGGAGGAGAACUUGUUUGCUUA